GACGAUGACGGUCCUAAAAUCGCGAACGAGUUCUACCGUCGCGAUUUCAACGACCACGCCGACGGCUCGGCCCCCGACACCACGGAAUCUGCGCGAGCGCUCCACAUCACAGUCAAGAAGCUGCGCGCCCAGUACAACGAGCGCUCGUUCGUUCGCUGGGUGCCAUUUGUUCACUACGGG